CGAUUUUUUCUCCUUCUUCUGAUUAUGUGGGGAUGCAUUUGGUUUUGUUGUCGCUUCUCGUGUCUAGUGUUAAUUGUGUUCUCAAAAUUGUAAUAUUUUACUGCUGAUUCGUAGUAGAGCAACUUUGUUUCACUACUCUAUACGAUCGAAAUCUUAAAAAGGGUAUCUUCCCUAAAUUUUCCCUGAAUUAUGUUUGUUAAUCAGUCGAUGUUGAAGCUCACUGCGAAGCUAUUAAUGGCUGAUUCGAAACUACGUACAAAAAUUUGGAAUUUUUUUCAAUACUUCCUCUUCCGCGCAUAGUUUACUUUCCCGAUUGUGCCGUCUCAUUGCUGCUUCGGUGACUGGUUGAAGAUGGGAAGUCAGGCGAAUGAGAAACACCUCGAGGAAUGCACCGUUUCCAAUGCAUUAGGGACAUGGGUAUUCUCAGUCCUAGGCGCAUUGGUUGCAAUUCCGGUGGGCAUCAAACGCAAGUCUCUAGGUCCACUCGUGUUCUUCGGCACAACGGGAACCAUGCUUGACAUCAUCAUUGGUGUGAGUCAGUGCGAGAGAGAACACGCAGAACACCAAAUGAAGUUACUCCAAGACUCUCAAAAUGCAACAGCAUCCGAACCAGACAACGCAGAGACAGAUUCCAUGUCCUAAUCUUUAAUUACAAGGUUUUUGUUUUUCUGGCAAUAAGACACUGAUACAUUUGAUGCGAUUUACAAGACGUGAUUGUUCAUGUGUAUUAGAGAGAACAAAGAGGUCUUUUGAUGAUUUGGAAACAGAAAAAAUUAAGUA